CGAAAAUUAUGAUCUAAUCUGGGUAGGAACACCUUCUCACCCGGAAUAAACUGAGGAUUGCAUGGAGACAUCUGAACUGUGAUACAUUGUGUCGCUUUUGAGCACAGCGAUUAGCCAUAAUACAGUAAUAUAAUAUAAAGACUGGACAAUGGUGCGACUCAACAGGCGCCUGCUGCCCAUCAAGGCACAUUUCUUCUUUUUCAUGGCGGCCAUGGGACCCAUAUUACCCCAACUUCCAGUGAUUGGCAAGCAAAUAGGUGUUCCACCGGAUGUAAUGGGCUAUAUUAUGGCCGUUCUACCCAUACUUUAUGUCCUAGCCAAACCCCUGGUGGGUUUCCUGGUUGAUUACUUUACGAGCCUGCGCAAGUUCAUCUUCAUCUCUCUUAUCCUGAUCAUGACUCUGGCCUUUGCUGGAUUCUAUUUCCUUCCUGACAAUGCCCAUUUCAUCCCCUUGGAGGAUGGCAGUGCCCAGUGGAAUGUGACGUUGCUGGAGAGUCCACAGGAUUGCACUCCUGAUAUUCAAUCAUCUAGUGCAUUUUGCCAGACGACUCACCAGGCGAAAUGCAUUCAGGGAAAUGAAGAAAUAUCCGCAUUUAUUGUAGCUCACUCGGCGGGUCUCAAUCUCAGCCAGAAUCUGCUGCAUGGCAACGCAACGCAUCACAUUUGCCUCACACAACCCGCCACCAGUGAUUGGAGCACUGCAUCCUGCGAGUUGCGCCAUGUGGAUAGCUGUAUUUAUGGAGCUGGCAAGUUCUGGCUCUUCGUUUGCCUGCUCUGCAUCGGAAUCGUCGGCUUCAACGUGACCAACUCCAUAUCCGAUGCCUGUUGCUUUGACCUGCUGGGCGACGAGGAGCAGGGCAAGUACGGAGCGCAACGGGUGUGGGGCACCAUUGGCUUCGGAGCCACAGCCCUGCUAUCCGGCAUCGUGGUCAACUGGUGGACCUCGGAUGCAGUUAAGAGUUUAGCGCCCGCGUUGAUCAUCAUGUGCGUGUUCAGUUUGCUGGAUCUGUUCAGUGUGUCCAAGCUGAAGCUGCCGAAACUCGGAGGAUCCGAGUCCAUUUGGAGCGAUGUCUGGCAGUUGGUUCGUCAGCCACCCAUCCUGGUCUUCCUGUUUUUCGCCACCAUGGCUGGAAUUAUCGACUCGUUCAUCAUUUACUUCAUGUUCUGGCACUUGGAGCAGGUGGCCGAGGUUACUGGCUAUAUGCACCAGAUCAAACUAAUCGAGGGUCUGGUGGUCGCAGCCGAGUGUCUGGCCGGUGAGGUGCCCUUCUUCUUUUACAGCGGCAAGAUCAUCAAGAAACUGGGCUAUGUUCACUGUAUGAGCAUGUGCUUUUUCUUCUACGCUGUGCGGCUGUCCCUCAUCUCCUGGAUACCCAAUCCCUGGUAUUUAGUGGGUGUGGAGCUCUUUUUCCAGGGCAUCACCUAUGCUUUGUGCUACACCUGCAUCGUGGCCUACGCCUCGGCGGUGGCGCCUCCGGGAACUUCGGCCACGGUGCAAGGAUUGAUGGCUGGAAUGGAUGAUGGUCUGGGCUUCUCCAUUGGAUCCCUGAUCGGAGGACUCAUGUUCAAUAGCCUGGGAGGUCGUGAAAGUUUCAAAUACUUUGCCAUCGCCGCAAUUUGCACCUGCGUAGCACACAUUGUGGUGCGUCCCACAUCGAGAAAGCGGCAAUUCCUGCCGAAACAAGGAUAUCAGCAGCCUACAGAACAGGAGAUUAAACAACCGCCAGCUCAGGAACUGCAGGAGAUUCGUUAGGAGUAGCAAUAUACUAAAUAUAGGAUUUUUGUACCGACUUUGUUGCAUAUUUUUGUACGCACUUUUUCGACAAUAAAACGAGUUGUCCAAAAGUUGAA